UUUAAAAGAAUAUUGGAAAUAAUGAAGUUUUUAUAAAUGAUAAUACCAAUAUUAUGCCAAAUUAUACAUACGCAAAUAAAAUCCGUGUCCGGCAAAAUUUACUACCACAUGUCAUAUAAUUAAUAACUAAAUUUAACCUAUACAAUGUUAACCUAAAUAAUUUUCAAAAUUCUUUUAAAUAAUAUAAUAUGGCAUUGUAUACAAAAUAUUUAAAUCACAUAUACAAUUUUAACAGCAUCUUAUUAAGUAGUAGUAGAAGAGCUGCCUACUUGAAUUACAAGAAAUACAAACAAAGUAUUAAUACCGUUAACUUAUUCAUUCACUACAAUGACUUUCAUUCAUCUCCACAGUUUUACAAAAGGAGAAAAGAACCAGAUGAAAGAAAAAGCAGUCGGAUUAUUGAAUAUUCACCAAAAGCCAAAGGUGAGCUGAUCGGCGUUUGGAGAGGUAUAACUGUUAAAGAAUUGGCUGAAGUACUCAAUAAAAAUGUAAAUUUUGUAAGAGAAAUCUUUUUACAUAAAGUUUAUCAUCCUAAUGAUGUUAUCAAUGACAUGAAAGAGCUUCAACAGGCAAUUAAAAGAAGUGGAAAUAGAAUGCAUGUAAUUGCAAAGCCCAAAGAUGAACUGGAGGAAAUAAUUAAAAAAGAUGUUUAUCCUCGACCACCUGCAACUAAGGACAUGUUAAAACCACGUCCACCAGUUGUCACAGUAAUGGGUCAUGUAGAUCAUGGUAAAACUACACUUUUGGACGCUUUAAGACAUUCAAGUGUUGUGGAUCAAGAAUUUGGUGGGAUUACCCAGCAUAUUGGUGCAUUUUCUGUUGUAUUGGACUCUGGUGCAAGAAUUACAUUUUUGGAUACACCUGGACAUGCGGCUUUUACUGCAAUGAGGGAAAGAGGAGCUAAUUUGACGGAUAUAGUAGUUUUGGUUGUUGCCGCGGAUGACGGUGUUAUGGAGCAAACAGUUGAAUCUGUGAGAAUGGCAAGACAGGCAAAUGUGCCAAUUCUGGUUGCCAUAAAUAAAAUCGAUUCACCAAAAGCGGACGUGGAAAGAACAGAAAGAAUGUUAGUGGACAUCGGAAUACAAGUGGAGAAUCUCGGCGGAGACGUUCAAGCGAUACCAAUAUCUGCCCUAAAGAGGCAAAACUUAGAUCAAUUAACAGAAGCAUUAGUCCUUCAGGCUGAACUAUUAGAGGUGGGUGCUGAUCCAACGGGACCAGUGGAAGCAGUUAUUGUCGAAAGUAAAUUGCAUCCGCACAAAGGCAAACUAAGUACCAUGGUAGUGCAAAGAGGUACCCUAAAAAGGGGGGAUAUCUUAGUUGCAGGUUUGGCAAUGGCGAAGGUGAGGACGCUCCGUGAUGCGGAUGGAAAACAAUUGCAGAGCGUCUCACCUGGUUAUCCUGUAGAGAUUGAAGGAUGGAGAGACCUACCAUCCGCCGGUGAACAAGUUCUACAGGUUGAAAGUGAACGUAGAGCGCGAGAUGUGAUCAAAACACGGGAGGAACAAAAGAAUUUGGAGCAACAGGAAGAGGUGUUGCAAGUAAUCGAGCAAAAGCGGGAACAACAUGAUAGAGAAUACAAGGAGAAACUGGAAAUGAAGAGGAAAAUGGGAAGAUAUAAACUAAAGCGUGAGGGUCCUCGGCAGCCUGAAAUAUCUAGAGAUAAUAACGGACCUCCACAGUUAAACGUUAUUGUGAAAGGUGAUGUAGAUGGAACUUUGGAAGCAUUGCUAGAUACUCUUGACACAUAUCACUCUGAAGAUUGUAAGAUGGAGGUGAUUCAUUAUGGAGUGGGUUCAGUAACUCAAAACGAAAUAGAACUAGCACAAACAUUCAAAAGUAUUAUUUAUGCAUUUAAUGUUGAUGUACCAGGGAAUCUGAAACCUUUAGUGGAACAAAAUAAUGUAGAUAUAAGACAUUUCAAUGUAAUAUACAAACUUAUAGAUGACAUUAAAGCAGAAAUUAAUAAUAGACUGCCUACCAUGGAAGUUGAAGAAGUACUGGGAGAAGCUACAGUUCUGCAACUGUUUGAAAUUAAUCAGGGAAAGAAAAAGGUGCCAGUCGCAGGCUGUAGGUGUAUUAAAGGAAAUUUGAAAAGAGCAGCACUGUAUAAAGUUGUCAGAAAUGGAGAAAUAAUUCAUACUGGUAACUUGUCGUCGAUGAGGCAUCUUAAAGAGGAAGUUGACACAAUAAAAUCAGAUACUGAAUGCGGAUUACAGUUAUUAGAUAAGACAGUUAUAUUUCAGCCAGGUGAUCAAUUAGUGUGUUUCCAAAUGAAGAAAGAGUCGCCACAAACUGACUGGGAUCCAGGCUUUUAACAUUAAAAUAGGCUGUGCAUUUUUAAAUAAACACUAUUAUGUUAAAAAUGUGUUUGAAUUGGUGUUAUCAAAAAACGAUUGUUUUUAAAUAAAAAUAUAUUUCUAAUA